AGAUAAUAGAGAACUACACUUCAGAAAGGACAAUGAGAAAAAAGUACUAUAACAUGGUGGAAAACAUGAAAGGUAAAAUCCGGGUAUUCUGUCGGAUUCGACCUCUGAAUCGAGCUGAGGCCACGCAGGGCGGGGCCAUCGUCGUGGAGAAAAUGGAUGAGUACUCUGUCAAUUUGGAGACCCCGCGGGGGCAGAGGGAGUUCCAGUUUGACAAGGUGUUCAACGCUGAGACCACACAGGAGGAGAUUUUCCAGGACACCAACAGACUGAUCCAGUCGGCUAUCGACGGAUACAACGUCUGCAUCUUUGCGUAUGGCCAGACAGGCUCGGGGAAGACUUUCACCAUGGUGGGGGACAAGGAGCAGAAGAACCCGGGCAUCAUGCCGAGAGCUUUCAAUGCAAUAUUUGAUAUCAUACAGGAGAACAGCACCAAAUUUGACUUCAAGGUUUCAGUCUAUAUGCUUGAGCUGUACAACGACCGGCUCCAGGACCUCUUUGCGAGCCUGGCUGGUGAGGCCCAGUCCCAUGGUCAGUCCAGGCGGGUAGAGAUCAAGAGGAACAGAAAGGGGGUUGUGUUCGCCCAAGGAGCAGAGACAAAGGAGGCUUCCAGCGCCCAGGAGCUCUACGCUCUGUUCCAGCAGGCCUGCGCCAACCGCCACAUCUCUGCCACCAAAAUGAAUGUGGAGAGUUCCCGCUCCCACCUCAUCGUUGGCAUCAUGGUGGAGAGCAGGAAUCUGACCAAUGGUAGUGUGAGCUGCGGGAAGCUGAGCCUGGUCGAUCUGGCGGGCAGUGAGAGAGCAGCCAAGACCGGUGCAAAAAACCACCAGCUCAAGGAGGCAAACUCCAUUAACAAGGCUCUGAGCGCCCUGGGUGAUGUGAUCUCAGCUCUGUCCUCUGAACUGCCCCAUGUCCCCUACAGGAACAGCAAACUGACCCAGAUCAUGCAGGACUCCCUGGGCGGCAACGCCAAAACACUCAUGAUCGUCAAUAUCUCUCCUUCAGAAUGCAACAUCGAUGAGACGCUCACCUCGCUCAUUUAUGCAACAAGAGUGAAGUCCAUAACCAACAAUGCUCAGAGAAACCUGGAGAGCAAAGAGAUUGCCCAGCUCAAAGAGGUGAUCAUGAAGCUGAGGUCAGGGCAGACAGUGGAAGAUGAAGAGAUUUAA